AUGGCUGACUACAAGAAAGACACGGCUCCUCUGGGCCUGCAACUGCUGUCACUUAACAGUGAGACAGGAUCGGAAGGACAAGACUAUACGCCAAUAAAGACCUCUAGCCCAGGGCCUGGGCACACUGCUACGGUGGAACGCUCAUCGCUCAAUAUUACAGCCACCUUGUCAGAUGGGUCUUUCACCCUGGUCGAGCUCCAAGCUGCAUUCGAGCCUCCAACGAGAGACCUCAAGCUUCCUUGCUUCUCCAUGGGCGCGCAAAAGAGCAAACCCGAAUUUUUCGGGCGUGCAGAGGUCUUACAGGCAAUGGACAAAGUCCUUCUUCCUCCAUCGUAUGACGAUCUGGAAGACUCUGCGCCUCUACGUUCGUAUGCUUUGUGCGGGAUGGGUGGCAUCGGCAAAACCGAAUUAGCCGUCCAGUACGCAUACACCCGAAAAGAGAAAUUUGAGGCUAUAUUUUGGCUCAACGCGGAUGAUCCGACCAUUCUGGCAGAGCAGUUCGCCCGUAUAGCGCAAGAUCUGGGUCUCGAGGAGCGCUCUGAUGCUCGCGAUUUCGCCGCCAGUCGGGAAACUGUAAAAGGCUGGCUGUCCAUGCCUCGAAAACGCUUCCCAGGCGACGAUCAAAUGGAAGACGUUCCAUGGCUACUGAUAUUCGAUAAUGUUGACAAUUUGGAAGUGCUCCCGGACUACUGGCCAGGCACUGGAAGAGGCUCAGUGCUGAUUACAAGUCGCGAUCCUGAUGCGAAAGAGACAACGCACUUAGCUCAGGCUGGCACAGAUCUACAACCGUUCACAGUGUCAGAAACAGCACAACUCGUGGGAAGGUUGACCUCGUAUAAAACAAACGAAAAUGAGUCCGUGGCUCUGCAUCAAAUAUCCGAGAUUGUUGAUGGCUUGCCUCUGGCCAUCAAACAGGUCGCAGGUCUUCUGCGAAAAUCUCGCAUGCGGUACAGCGAAUUCAUACGCCUGUACAGAAGAGAAGGAGCAACGAAACUCAUUGGAGCCUCCAAGACUCUGGCCGGUCCAACACAAGCUCGAGGCUUGAUCACGGUGUGGGCGCUUGAUCGUCUCAGCGAGUCAACAAGGGCCAUGCUCCAGAUCAUGGCGCUGCUCGACCCAGACGGCAUUCCUGAAGAUCUCGUCUGUCAAGAAAGGCCCAAUGUGGAACUUUCAUCGUAUCCGAGGUUCGAAGACUAUUAUGAUGCCCGGGCCGAGCUCCUGCAAUCGUCUCUCAUCCGACAAGCUGACGAAGAAGGGGGCUCUCUCUCUCUACAUCGACUCGUUCAGGACAGCAUUAGGGCGUCCAUGCAGCCUGAGGAGAUGCUCCUUGCGUAUCGCACAGCCUUUCGGCUUACCUCAAAUGUCUGGCCGUACAUAAAUCACAGGGAUGGAAAGCUUGUCGCCCAAAUGGCAGCUUGCGCAAGGUUUCUUCCCUCCGCACUGCGGCUCAGAGAUGGCAUAGAAGCCCUGUUCGUUGAUUACCCGACACUCGAACUGGACGCAGCCAGCGCCAACCUGAUGGCUGAUGCCGGAUGGUAUGUCUUCGGCAGAGGGCAGCUCGACGAAGCGAUAGCAUUCUUCCAAUCGGCAUUGAACAUCGUGCAGAACAUUCCGAUGGACGAAUCGGAGACCAGAUACUACCUCAUACGACGUGUACACAACGGCAUCGGCACUACCUGUGCAGAAAUCAAUCGUCCAAUCGACUGUCUCAAGCACCAGACUAUUGUGGCUGACCUAUUGAUGACCCGUAAUAGCACUUUCGGCGUCCCUGUCGACGACUACCCAACUGCCAUCGCCCAAAACGAAUUAGGUGUGGCAAAGGCGUUCAACGGCGAUUUGGAAGGAGCAGAAAAGGAAUUCCUGCUUUCAAUCAAGACAUAUCAGCAGAAUCCAAACUACGAGGAUGUGUGGCUAGGUUGGCCUAUGCCAAACCUGGGAUUCAUCUACUGGUUGCAGGGACGUUUGACCGAAGCCCGACAAAUUCUGGAAGAGGUGCUUGACAUCUUCAGAUUAGCAUACGGUGUUGACGACGUCACUUCAUUCCGGACUGGCAAAAUACUGUACGCACUGGGCAACGUCCUCGAGGACCUGCAGUUAUAUGACGAGAGUCUCUCUGUCCAUCUCAGAUGUGUGAAGCAAUACUCUCAGUCACUAAGCACGAUGCAUCACCGGUUCGGAGAUGUUUGUGUUCGUCUUACGCGGCACUUCAUACGACUCAAGGACCACGUUUCCGCUAGAUCUUACCUCGAUCAAGCACUCAUCGCCUUCAAACAACCCUGGCUGAAAAACGAGUAUGUACGAGCCAAGUACUGGGAGAGCCAGCUCCUAUCAUCAAUGGACGAGGAAGAUCUGGCGAAAACAGCGCAGUCGGAAGCCUUCGAGGGCCGCCGCCAACUGAAGCCAUCCGAUACCAGACCAGUAGAUGCAUUGACCCACAAGGACUACGAUGAUCUGGUGAUAUUCUGGUCGCGAUAG